GCUCCUCCUCAGUGUCGGCGGCGCGGGCGGGCGGGGCGGACGGGCAGGGCCGUCGCUCCCGCCAUCGUCGCCUCGGGCCUGAGGUGGACGCAGCGCCCCGAUGGCGGAUAACAGCAAAGCGGAAGAUGUCCCCCCUUCAGAGCCCAUGGACGUGUCGAAAUGUGCAGGCGACAAAGACCAGCUGGCCGACCAGGUGAUGCAGAACCCGCAGGCCCUGGCGGCCCUGCAGGAGAGGCUGGACAGCACGGCCCACACUCCGUCCAGUUACAUCGAGACUUUGCCUAAAGCGGUGAAGAGAAGGAUUGACGCCCUGAAGCAGCUGCAGGUGAAGUGCGCCCACAUCGAAGCCCGCUUCUACGAGGAGGUGCACGACCUGGAGCGGAAAUACGCCGCCUUCUACCAGCCGCUCUUCGACAAGAGGCGAGACUUCGUCACCGGAGAAGUGGAGCCCACGGACGCCGAGUCGGAGUGGCACAGCGAAGGCGAGGAGGAGGAGAAGCUAGCCGGUCAGCUGAAGAGCUCCGCCGUCAUCACGGAGCAGCAGGAGCCCCCGGCGGAGGAGCCCAACCCCAGGGGCAUCCCCGAGUUCUGGUUUACCAUCUUCCGAAACGUGGACAUGCUGAGCGAACUGGUGCAGGACUACGACGAGCCCAUCCUGAAGCACUUGCAAGACAUCAAGGUCAAGUUCUCGGAGCCCGGGCAGCCCAUGGCCUUCACGCUCGAGUUCCACUUCGAGGCCAACGACUACUUCACCAACUCCGUCCUGACCAAGACCUACAAGAUGAAGUCGGAGCCGGACGCGGCGGACCCCUUCUCCUUCGAAGGGCCCGAGAUCGUCGACUGUGAAGGGUGCUCCAUCGAGUGGAAACGGGGGAAGAACGUGACCGUCAAGACCAUCAAGAAGAAGCAGAAACACAAGGGUCGCGGCACCGUCCGCACCGUCACCAAGCAGGUGCCCAGCGACUCCUUCUUCAACUUCUUCAGCCCCAUCAGAGUGUCGGGGGACGGCGAGGCCCUGGACGAAGAUUCGGAGUUCACGCUGGCUACCGACUUCGAGAUCGGCCACUUCUUCCGCGAGCGGGUGGUGCCGCGGGCCGUCCUCUACUUCACCGGGGAGGCCAUAGAGGACGACGAGAACUUUGAAGAAGGCGAGGAAGGGGAAGAAGAGGAGCUGGAGGGAGACGAGGAGGGCGAGGAAGAGGAGGAGGCCGAGAGUGACCCCAAGGUGUAACUUUUGUCUUUCAUUCAUGCGUUUCUAGCAGAAAGAAGGCAGCCAGCCCGCAGAAUGCAAACCCCAGUGAGGAGCCGCCGCCGCCGCCGCCUCCGCCACGCUGACGACUAACUGGUUGCCCCUGCAUGGUUUUUACGUGCCCCCCUUCCCGUCCCCCGCCGGCUCGUCCAUCCUCCCCGCCCCGAUCGGCCUAACCUGUACAGCGGGGGGGCGGCGGGAGGCUUCAAUAAAAGCACACUCCGCCCUCCG